AUGCAGUCGAAGCAGAUCGAGAUCUACACGUGGACAUUCGGAAAAGGCCAGAUUCCGAACAUCGAGAAGGCGCUCUUCUCCAGAUCGUCAUCACCGUGCAUCCGAACCAACACCAUCCCAACACAGCCCCUCCCCAAGCAGCACCAGGCGCAGAAGCACAACCGUCGUUCUUACCCCUGCGCUCGAUCGAUCCGCUUCACAUACGGCGACCCACAGAGACACACCUGGUUCUUCAUCCAGACCACCCCAGGUUUCCGGUACAUGAACGACAUCAUGCACGACAUCGCCGACCUCACCCACGGACAACCACUAUGGCUUUCCAACCCAGCACAGAUGGCCAUCCGCCAAGUGGCAAGAUCCUUCGCUUGCUCUCACUACAGGAUCACACCCUUCCUCGGCCAGUUCAGAACUCACCCCAACACGGACACGGUGAUCCACCCUCAGCUCAUCAACAUCGACCCCUACAGCAACAAGCAGGACACGACUGAUUAUCCACUGGUGCAGGUCCUCGUCAUACCACUACGCACCACCAAGCCACCACCUCACGCACACGAUGCAAACAGUCCAUCACCUCCCACACACAAGGGCGCCUACAAGACAUACUGGUCACACGCCACCGACGAAGCAGGCCUAUGGCACAUCUUGCGCGAGGGCUUCGUCAGACCCACGAACUGGGAGCCCACCAACUGGGAUGACGACAACCUCCCCUGCAACAAAGCAUACCUACCCCAUCGUGGGUUCAACGGAUUCCACCAGGACAACGCACCCGACAACCUUCAACUUGGAUUUUGCCACACCAACCUCCGCAAAGCCCUCCGCCUCCCAAAAGCCAGAGCAGGUCCUGCCGAAGGAGAAAUAGCCACGGGCUUCACCAUAUUUGGACGCGUCACAUCGUCCACCUCACAGCACAGCCACAUGCGGCAGAAGGGAGGAGGAUGGACCACUCAGAAGGCGCUCAUCGAGGCACACCUCAACGACACCAGUCGAGACAGUCGUAACUUCACCACCGUCUUCUCCCACACCGAGAAGAGCGUCAUCGAUGCACAGUACGCUGAGAUCACCGGGAUCACCGUCAACAUCUUCCACCCCAGACCCUCACCCACCACACCACCUCCAGUCCCCAACAGAUCCCGAGACAAUGACCGCAGACGACGACGUUGA